CGGAAUAUGACCAAUAACUUCGAAUUUGUCAGUGACAUUGUUUGGAUGGGAAUUAGCAGUUGAUGUCGAAGGUGGCGCUACUUCUCCGGAUUUUUCUUUUACGACGGCUACAGCAUUCGAGUCUUUGACAUUGUCUGGUUCACGCAUGAGUUUAUAAACAUCGCCCAGCGUCGGUUCCCAUUCAUCCUGGUAUUCAUGAUAUCCAGGAAUAAAUGAGUUUACAUUGAUAAUUUCUUGAGCCAUUGUACUGUUGUGUAGUUGAUAUCGAAAAGGAGACACAAUAAGUAAGCGCAACCCGUAGAAACGAAUUAGCAUAAUUUUGUUUUAUUAGGUGUGCAAUUAGCGUAUUCAGAUCCCAGACAAGAUAACGGUUAAUGGAUAAUAAACGCGACAAAAGUACAUGUACUCAAAUACAGUAAAUUCACAUGAAUGCAUUAGUCUUGAUUCUGUGCUUUAAGUAUUGCAGUGUAAAUCAGUGAAAGCAAAUCUUCCUGAUGUCUUCAGUGCGGUUUUGUACAAACUGUAAAGCCGAGACUAAAUAUAGUUGUUUAAUCUGUCAAACGUCUGUGUGCAACAGACCAGAGUGUUCUUUGUUUUUGCCUGAGGAAACACCGGGCUGGAAACCUGGUGCUUGUGUCUCGAGUUGUUUACCCUGUAACGAACGCACGAAUACAGAAACUAGCAAAGAUUCCAAAGAUAAAGAAGGCAGCAAAAAAGGGAAAUUUCCACUGAUACGAAACAAGGACACUGGAAAGAGAAAUUGUUUAAGCUUAAAACAAAAAGUUGACUUAAUUGAAUAUGCCAAGAAUCACCCAAACAAGGGCUGUCGCAAAGUCGCGGAACAAUUUCGCAUUGGUAGAACUCAAACGCACAAAAUCUUGAAGAACAAAGCAGAGAUUCUCGCUCAAUAUGAAAAAAAUGAGCAAUCUAACCGGCAAAAAAGAGUUCGCACAGCGACGUACGAGGAAGUGAACAAAACUUUGUGGGACUGGUAUAAAUUAUGCAGAGGAUCAAACAUACCAGUCAGUGGUCCUAUGUUACAGGAAGAGGCGCUUCUAAUUGCAGAAAAGCUUGGUAUUAGUGGGUUCACAGCCUCGAAUGGUUGGCUUCAGCGGUUCAAAGAACAUUACAACCUCCAAAGAAUGGCCGCUGCUGGAGAGGAUGGAGAUGUUAGCAUGACUACCAUUGAAAGUUGGAAUGAACGCGUGAGGGAGAUAACUCGAGGAUGGUUACCAACGAAUGUAUGGAACAUGGAUGAAACUGGAAGCUUUUGGAAGGGGUUACCAGGAAAAAGCUUGAAUGAAAAGAAGGAACGGUGUCGUGGUGGAAAGAAGGCCAAGCAGAGAAAUACAUGGGCGUUUUUUGUGAAUGCUGCUGGAGAAAAAGAGGAUCCAAUCGUCAUCGGAAAAUCUGCUAAGCCACGUUGCUUCAAGAAUAUGAAAGAUAUCAAACGCCCAUACGGUUGCUGGUAUUAUUCCAACCCUAAAGCAUGGAUGAAGACCGGGAUAAUGGAAGAAGUGCUGAAAAGGCUUAAUGAAAAGAUGAAGAGGCAAAAACGAAGUAUACUGCUGUUCAUGGACAAUGCUCCAUGCCACCCUGAAAGCCUCGCAGAAGGUCUCUCCAAUAUUACAGUCAAGUUUCUUCCAAAGAACACAACAUCRAAGACGCAGCCACUUGAUGCUGGUAUCAUUGCAAACUGGAAGGUGAAAUACAAGAAGAAACUCCUAAGACAUGUGUCUUCCAAAGUAGAAAGAGGUAUUAAUGCAAGUGAAAUUGUCAAGUCCAUCAAUGUAUCAAUGGCAAUCGAAUGAGGAAAGCAAGCCUGGGACGAGGUACUGCCAGAUGUCGUAGUUAAGUGUUUCAAGAAGACCAACAUGUAUCCAAAUGAAGUAGAGGAAGAGGACGAUCCAUUUGAAGGUGAAGAUGAGCUACCAGCCCUACAAGAGCUCAUAGACAAGAUGGGAUUAUMAGCUGAUGCUGUCAGAUUUAUAUCUGAGGAGGAUGAUAUAGAAGUAUGCCAGGGAUUUAUUGACGAUUCCGAUCCAAAUUGGAGAGAUGAGCUACGGGAACAGAUUAUCGAUGACGAGGAUGUAGACGAGAGUGAAAGUGAAGUCAUGGAAAUUGAAGAUAAUGACGAGUUUGAUCCAGAUCUUAAACAGCCUAUUAUMAAGUCGGUAACAGAGGCUGAGGUGUUUGCCGAACAGUUGAAAGAUUACGCUCAAUUCCACGGUCACGAAGAGCUUUCAUUGGCGCUUAGCAAAGUGAGCGACAUGUUUCACGACAUUAAGCUAUCUGCCCCUAAAUUGCAAACAACCAUAACUGAGUUCUUUUCAUGAGUUUCUGAACAUUUUCAACAAUAACUGACUUCUGGUUUUGCUUUCUAAUAGCAACAUUUAAACGUUUUGUAGUUGUUAAACAUUGCAUUGCAAAGGAAAAUAUAUCUUGAGUUUAUACAGUAAUUAUUUUGAUUUUUCUAGUUUUACUGUCUUUCUGAAUAAUAAAAUGUUGAUUUCAGGAACAAUUGUGCACUCUUUUGUUCAUUUCCUACGAAAUUUGGCCAAAAUAUGUAUACCCUCUAUUAAGCGGACAACCUCUAUUAAGCGGACACUUGUCUCGGACCCGUAGGUGUCCGCUUAAUAGAGGUUCGACUGUACUGUACCGGUGUUUUUACUGGGAGUUCAAAAGAAUUUGAGGAUUUUUUGGAUAACCUACAGCUGAUAACUUCCACAAGUUUCACGCAYUACGAAAUCAACUCCAAAGAGAAAGGACAUGAACGGUUGUCAGAAGAAGUCAUCAUUUGAGUUAUUGAAAACUAUAAAAAUUUAGUUGCGCUAGUGUCUGUUAACAAUUUUUGAAACACCUUUAGUCUUGAUUAUCACAAUGUGUCGACUACCUACCCAGGGGGUGGUAUGGYGUUCCGUUCCGGACAAAAACAUGAAAAUAUYUGUUUCGUUUGAAAAACAAAAAAUACGCUUUGAGUUUAUAAAAACCAUGUCGAAMAAAAUAAAUUGUAUCGAAAAUUACGUUAAAAAUAUAAAAAACAUCAUCGAAUUUGUGCAAAAUAUGGAUCGAAUGAAUAAAAAAGUAUGACAGGAAAAGAAUUGUAUCCAAUAAAAAAAAUACGUGUCGAAAAAAGAAAAUUGAUCGAGAGGAAGCGGAAAUCCGAUUGAAAACCGGAAGCUUUGACAGACUCAUACCCAAGACUCUCUYGGUCGAGCAUGAACAAAGAUGGCGCACUGGUUGCCGUGUAGCGUGGAGAGUUUUUUUGGUGCCCUAGGAAGACUUUUACAAAAUUGCGAAAUGGAAGUAGAAGGACGUAAUUUUACACUUAUUUCUGAUAAUGACCUUGAUGCUUUUGUGAGGCAAAUUGUUGAUGUAACUCCAUCURCUGGACUAAGAAUGAUACAAGGGUUGCUUGUACAUCAUGGUUACCGUAUCCAAAGACAAUGUGUGCUCCUUUCAAUGCGAAGAGUAGACCCUGUCACAUCAACACUUAGAGGCGCAAGAAGAGUUAUCAGAAGGAGAUACAAUGUAUGUUGCCCCAACGAUCUAUGGUGAGUUGUUUCAUUUCAUUAAUAUUUCMACUUAUCCGAUUAUAAAUCAGGUGGAGCAGUAACUGUCUUAUUUGUGAUUAAUUAAGCUUAAUGCAUACCCCACUCUCAAAAAACUGAAUUAUGAARUUAAUGCAUACAAUAUAAUCUCAGCUGUGUGUACUUAUAAGAAAUUAUAUGCUGUAGGAUACAUUAUUUUGGAAACUCUGGAGAAGUUCUCUUUGUUGACAGGAACAU